AUGGCGAAAGGAUUUCGCUUCCUCAACCUCAUCAAACCGGUCAUGUGCAUCCUGCCGGAGGUACAGGCGCCGGACCGCAAAAUCCCCUUCAAGGAGAAGGUUCUCUGGACUCUGGUCUCCCUCGCCGUCUUUCUCAUCUGUUGCCAAAUUCCUCUCUAUGGCAUCCGCACUAACAAGAGCGCGGAUCCCUUCUACUGGAUGCGCGUCAUCCUCGCCUCCAACCGCGGAACGCUGAUGGAAUUGGGUAUUUCCCCGAUCGUGACUAGUGGAAUGGUCAUGCAGCUGUUAGCUGGCAGCCGAAUCAUCCAAGUCGACCAGUCCCUGAAGGAAGACCGCGCUCUCUUCCAAGGGGCUCAAAAACUGCUCGGUUUGAUCAUCACCGUCGGCGAGGCCGUCGCCUACGUCAUCAGUGGCAUGUACGGUGACAUCCACGACCUCGGCGCAACCAACGCCGUGCUGAUCAUUCUCCAGCUUUUCUUCUCUGGCGUCGUCGUCAUCAUCCUCGAUGAACUCCUGCAGAAGGGCUACGGUCUCGGCAGCGGUAUUUCUCUCUUCAUCGCCACCAACAUCUGCGAGACAAUUGUGUGGAAGGCGUUCAGCCCGACAACGAUCAAGACUGGAAAAGGCACGGAAUUCGAGGGCGCACUCGUCGCGCUGUUCCACUGCCUGUUCACGAAGUCGAACAACAUCGUGGCCUUGAAGGAGGCGUUUUACCGCUCGAACGCGCCCAACAUCACGUCACUGCUGGCCACCAUUCUGGUGUUUCUCAUUGUCAUCUACUUCCAGGGUUUCCGUGUGGACCUGGCGGUGAAGUACCAGCGCGUGCGCGGCCAGCAAGGCAGCUACCCCAUCAAGCUCUUCUACACGUCGAACAUUCCAAUCAUUCUCCAGACUGCGCUCGUCUCCAACCUGUACUUCCUCUCGCAGCUGCUCUACCGCCGCUUCAAGACCAACGUCCUGGUUAACCUCCUCGGCCAGUGGCAAGAGGUUGACGUCGGCGGCCACUCGGUCCCCGUUGGAGGCAUUGCGUACUACAUCUCCCCGCCCGGCUCAUUUGGAGAUAUUCUCGAAGACCCGCUGCAUGCAUUCAUCUACAUCACCUUCGUCCUCGUCAGCUGCGCCCUCUUCAGCAAAACCUGGAUCGAAGUCAGCGGCAGCAGCGCACGCGACGUCGCCAAGCAACUUCGCGACCAGCAGAUGGUCAUGAAGGGAUACAGAGACUCUUCUCUUGUCCAGGUUCUCAACCGUUACAUUCCCACGGCAGCAGCCUUUGGCGGCAUGUGCAUUGGGGCUCUGACGAUCAUUGCGGACUUCUUGGGAGCGAUCGGAAGUGGUACGGGUAUUCUCCUCGCCGUCACCAUCAUCUACCAGUACUAUGAGAUGCUUGCCAAAGAACGUGAACAAGGCAACUCGAUCUUCUAA